AGGCGGACCGUCAGCGCACGUUUCCUGCUCCCAGCCUGUGGUCACACCACGCAUCAGUCGGUCAAAAGGCUCACUAACACCACAAACAGGCAGUGUUUGCAGGAUCCCAGAUCACCUUGGCUUCUUUCUCAUAUUUCUGUACUAAACUGUUUGAUUUGCAAAGCCAAGUCAAUGCAACUCAUGCGGUGCUUUGUGGUCGCUGAGUGACAGAAACAGGGAAUAACAGAAGGGGACGAAGAAACAGGAGUGAUUGCAGCUCGCAAAGAAUUUGUCAGCCUAACACCUUCAGGGGUCCUCGCCUAAUUCUGUCCGUCCCUACGGGAAAGGUGUCGUUCACCAUCACUGAACCCGCAAGGAUUUGUUCGGGGGCACAGAGGAAUCUUCGAUAUUUUUGAAUAUUGUGGUGAUCCCUUUGCUUUGUAUUUUACAUCGCACCAUGGAGAAGGUAGCUCUGCUGGGCUCGAUUCUGCUACUGACAUGCCUGGUGACCAUUCAGAAUUCCGCGAUGGCCAGUGUGGCACCAAGCAGUGAUGAGUAUGAAGAUCUAGAAAUAUCUGGUGAUGACUUCUCAGAUGAUGAAGAAGAAGAAGUGUAUUCAGGAUCGGGAUCAGGAUAUCCUGACCAAGAAGACAAGAAUGACAGUCGAAUGAAAUUUACUAUGACCACUUCUCAGAUUUUAACAACUGUGCCAGCAAAAUUACCUGUUACAUCUGUGGGACCAGUUGCUACUCCUUUUGAGUCUGUUCCCACUGUGGGAAUUGCUGAUGUUUUGUUAACAGACAUUCCUAUUACAACACUUCCCCUGAGCAUUCCUGAGGUCACAACUAAACAGGAAAUGACCACAGUCACAACAGCUAAGUUUCCAGUCAUCAGAGUAACUCCACCUAUUAGACCUGUAGCCAGAAGUACAACUACUGAGACCACAACCACGACUGCAAGAGAGGCCACAUCCAUUAUGGCCACAAGUGAGAGUACUACUACUGCUACUACUACCACCACUACUACAACUUCAACGGCUUCCUCCACAAGACACAGAACCACAACUGCAGCCAGAAUGGUGCCAAAACUCUUCACAACCACCACUGUAACUCUUGGAGUAAGUCCAACAAUAAAGGAAGCUACCACAGAAAUGACAACCACCACAGUUUCACCAACAAUACGACCUCAGACUGAAGGAACUUUAAGCACGACUAUAAACAAUGAAGUGGAAGGUCCAUUUACUGGAGGACCCAGUGGAGACUUUGAAUUCCCUGCAGAAGUAGAUACAGAUCACCCUAUGCCUGAUAAUGAAGUAAUUGUCGACGUUACCAAGGCAACAGGACAUGGAGCAGGGAAGGAUGCUGGUUCUAACAUAAUUGUUAACACAAUAGGUUCUGGGAACUCAGCUGCACAACUGCCUCAGAAAAACAUUCUGGAAAGAAAGGAAGUCCUAAUAGCUGUGAUUGUUGGAGGAGUCGUUGGAGCGCUGUUCGCUGCCUUCCUUGUUAUGUUGCUGAUCUACCGAAUGAAGAAGAAGGAUGAAGGAAGCUACACACUGGAAGAGCCAAAACAGGCCAACAUCACAUACCAAAAACCUGACAAACAGGAGGAGUUCUAUGCAUAACACAACACAGAGUGCCUCUCUAGUUUUCAUUUUUUCUCUCUGCUUGGACUAUGAACAAAGUAACUUUUAAAUUAAGAGUUAGUCGCAGAACAAAUGAACCUUAACCUUUUCCAGUUCCAAACUGUCCUCCAGUCCUAGCUGUGAAACACAUGGCAGCUAAUCUGAGUGCCUAAUACAGGAUAUUAUGACAGAAUAUUUUCUGAAAUUGAAGUAGCAGUAAUAAUAAGUAGUAAUACUUAUAAUGACAAACAUUUUAAACAUUUUUGUUAAUAUCAGAAACAAUCAAAUGAUAAUUGAGGGGAGUAAAACGUAUGCAGGAAAGAUGUAGAGGUUUUUUUUAAAUACACGUCAGUUGAGGGUAAAUUGAAAAGCAGUAAACUGGUACUUUUGGAGAAGAGUUUUAACGAUCACUGAUGGUUUUCUACAUUGAUUUAUAAGCACAACUGUCAUGGCUUUGUACUAAGACAUUAUGUUGAGAACAUAGUAGUCAAUAGUUUAUGACUCUCUUAUGGCCACCUGAAUUAGAUGAAAGGGUCAAUUAGUUUUCUGUUAUGUUACAUUGUUUUAUGGUUGCUUCAUUCUGAAUCAGUGAAUAACAGCACACGGACACUAUUCUUUCACUCAAACAUUCCAUUUUACUGGUCUUGAAGCUAGAGGACAAAGUUGUUAGCUGACACCUAGGCAAGCUAUUAAAAGAGAACCCUGCUUUAGCUGGAAUUAAUGUGUGCUCAGACAGCUUUCUGAAACAUUGUCAGAUGACGUGCAUUAUGGAAGGUAGUAAAGUUUGCAUUCCAGGAAUAGUAACUAGAAAACCUUUAUCUGUGAAAAUCCUAGAUAAUAUGAAGUUUACCCAGAUAGUUUCUAAAUUACUGCACUGUUCCCCACCAGAGUUAAAUAUGAAUAAAUGUGGCAGUCAGGAAGCUUCAGUCCAGCUUAGAGUUGUAUGAAGAACAUCACAUGAAACCCUUUGUCAUCCUGGGCUGUAGGCACUGUUGGUUGAAAACUGAAGUAGAGGCAUUACUUUCUACCAUCAACCAUGUGUUGGAUCCUUGUUGGAAAUCUAUUUUUAUAGCCUUUUUAAAAUUCUAUACUAGACUGCACUAUGUUAGAAGUGUGUGUUAUUUUAAAAUGAAUGUAUAUCAAAGAAGGAAAUUGCAGUAGUAAAACAAGUGGCCCCUAGUCCCAACCUCAAGGGCAAAAUUAGUUAUGUUGCUUUGUCUGGCUGAAGAUCCAUUGUAUUCAGAGUGGCCUGAUCAUUUUGUGGGCCACUUUGUAGGUUCAUAGGUGUGUACUAGGCUAAUGGCCCUGGAGCCUUUGCAAGCCUAGCCCAAAAAAAUUGCCCAGGCACCGUGCCACCCG